AUGCACUCGACUAGUCGCACAAAAGAUGGAAUUCAAUCUGGCCGCGGGGCCGUUACACGUUCUCACAGCUCUAGGCGUCGCCCCGCAGACCUAGGCGGCCUAUUGCGACACGCACACGAGUCUAGACUAGACCGGUGUGAAAUUCGCGCCGCGUCGGCCGAUGCUAGAACCGGUCGCCGCGCGGCCCAACUCCGUCGUCGCCCGAGAUCCGGGCAACGUGCGAACGUCAAUGAUCUCGUUUUAUGCCUGGGUGUGCUGUUCGCGUCUCAAUGCGCCGCGGCCGCCGCGCCGCCCGCUUCCGUCGCAACCCGUAAUGCACACACUUGUGGACUCAUGAUAUCGGCCGCUCGUUUUCUCAGUGACCCAUACCGAGACGGAGGCGCGAAAACGAUUGCAUCUGCUGGACCGCCGGGGGCCGGCUGGUGCGGCCGGCGAGGGGGCGCGGACCGGAUCCCGGACCCCAAAGUGAAAACAUCCACCCGAAUAAUAAUACGCACCGCUCGCCCGGGACAAGUACGCGAGACGAAUGCCGUUGACCUCCCGAGCAUUCCCAUGCCUCGAACUCGCCCCGCCGACGGGAUAGGCCUUAAUGUUAGGGUGGUACCACGCCUUUGGAGC